CAAGUGCCAGAAGAGUGCUAUGGAGAAAAAAAGUCCACGGAAGCCAGAAGAUGGGCAAGUUGGGGUCUGGGGAUGGAAAGCGCUCAGAGAUUUUGCCUCCUCAAGGUGAAUGCGGCUUCAAGGGACCAUCUUUGUGCUCCUGCCCCACCUGGGGCCCAUCCUGGUCUGGCUGUUCACUCGUAAUCAGAUGUCUGGUUGGUGUGAGGGCCCGAGGAUGCUGUCCUGGUGCCCGCUCCACAAAGUCCUACUGCUUGUACAGACAAUCAUCUACUCUGUUGUGGGCUACGCCUCCUACCUGGUGUGGAAGGACCUGAGAGGGGGAUUGGGGUGGCCCCUGGCCCUGCCUCUUGGCCUCUAUGCUGUUCAGCUCACCAUCAGCUGGACUGUCCUGGUUCUCUUUUUCAUAGUCCACAGCCCUGGUCUGGCCCUGCUGCACCUGCUGCUGCUGUAUGGGCUGGUGGUGAGCACAGCACUCAUCUGGCAUCCCAUCAACAAGCUGGCUGCCCUGCUACUGCUGCCCUACCUAGCCUGGCUCACCGUGACUGCAGCCCUCACCUACCACCUGUGGAGGGACAGCCUUUGUCCAGUGCACCAUCCUCCGCCCACGGAGAAGAGCUACUGAGGCCCUAGGGCAAUGAAGAGGAGGGAUGGCCAGGGUGGGGAGGAGGAGUUUGCAAGCAGGGCUGUGGAGCUAGGGCUCAACCCAAUGGGACCACCCUCCUGGGUCCCCUGGUGCCAUUUUUCCUUAGAAAUCAGAAAAAUGGGAAAGGGGGGGAAAACUGAUUUUACACCUAAAUAAUAAAAUCCUAUUAGUAACUCUGA